UUCAAAUUUCAUGAAAAAGCAACGGCGUCGUUUGCUGUGCACGUAACUGUCUAUAUAUAUCCCUUCACCUGCCCUCCCAAUCUGCACCUGAAAAACGAAAACAAUUUUUUGUUAAACUCCAAAAGCAACGUAAACUAUAAACUACUGACUACACAUUCAAAACACCACCGUCUGCCGCAAAAAGAUGAGAAUCUUUUCCUCCAAAACGCCGUCGUUUGCCUUUUACCGCAACACUUCGCCACCGAGUUCAACCGCAGCGCCUUCAACCAGCAGGAGCAACGACGUGGACAUCGACAUGGACGAAGUGGAAGCCCUGAUACUGAAAUGGAACCCCGAAACGUCGGUCUACAGCAGCGUCACCUCUCUUUUCUUCAACGACAAAACGGAGGCCAUGCAAUACAUCCACAGCGUGAACCAGCUCCAAAAACUCAUGCACUCCUUGCACAAACAAAACCCUUCCUCACCCAAACUCAUCCUCGCGCAAAGCCUAAUGCAAAUCGCCAUGAAGAGGCUCCAGAAAGAGUUCUACCAGAUCCUCUCCAUGAACCGGGCCCACCUCGACCCCGACUCCGUCUCCACCAGAUCCUCCACCUCCAGAACCUCUUUCUGUUCCGACAGCUACGACGACGCCUCAGUAGAAGACGAUGUGCGCCACUCAGGGGAUACCAUCUCCGAAGUCGAACGCGUCUCUUCCGAGGCCAUGGCGGAUCUCAAAUCUAUCGCUGAUUGCAUGGUUUCAAACGGUUACACCAGGGAAUGCGUCCGCGUUUACACCACCAUGAGAAAAUCCAUCGUAGACGAAGGCAUUUAUCGCCUCAGCGUCGAGGAAUGGACCUCCUCCAAGGUCAACAAGCUGGCCUGGGAUGUGCUCGACUUCAAAAUCAAGAGUUGGUUGGAGGCGGUUAAGAUCGCCGUCAGGACGCUCUUCGCCGGAGAGAGGAUCCUCUGCGAUCACGUCUUCGCUGGAUCUCAAUCCAUCAGAGAAGCCUGCUUCGCCGAGAUUUCUAGAAACGGAGCCUCUCUUUUGUUCAGAUUCCCCGAACUCGUCGCCAAAACGAAGAAAUCGCUGCCGGAGAAGAUCUUCCGGUUGAUAGAAAUGUACGCCGCAAUCGCCGCGCUGUUGCCGGAGAUUGAAUCGAUAUUCUCGCUAGAUUCAACAGCAGCUGUUAAAUCUCAAGCCUACGCUCUGUUUCUCCAACUCUCCGAGUCCGUACGAACAAGUCUCAUGGAAUUCGAAACCACGAUUCAGAAAGACUCUUCCAAAUCGGCGGCGAACAUCGCUGCCGUCCAUUCCCUGACAGUGCAAGUAAUGAAUCACUUGUCUACUCUCGCGGACUACAGCAACGUGCUAUCCGAAAUUUUCUUCGACGUGUCUCAACCGCCGAGGUCGCCGUUGCCGGAAUCUUACUUGUACAGUCCAGAACCAAACUACGCGACGGAGACGGAGUUCUCGGCGCGUAUGGCGCGGCUGAUUCUGGUUCUUCUCUGCAAGAUCGACGCUAAAUCGAGGCAUUGCAAAGAGGUUUCGGUGUCUUACCUGUUUCUGGCAAUGAAUCUCCGGCACGUGGUGGCGAAGGUCCGUACCUCGAACUUGCUUUACGUGCUCGGCGACGAUUGGGUGUUGAAUCACGAUGCGAAGGUGAAACGGUUGAUUGCGAAGUACGAGAGAGUGGCGUGGGGGAAGGUGGUUUCGUCUUUGCCGUCAAAUCCAGCGGCGGAAAUGUCGGCGGCUGAGGCGAGGGUUGUGUUUGGAAACUUCAAUUUUGAAUUCGAGAAGGCUUAUCGGAGAGAGAACGCGUUUAGUGUGUCGGAACGAGAGUUUGGAGAAGAAGUCAAGGUGUCUCUUGUGAGAAAAGUAAUUCCCGUUUACCGCGAGGUGUUUGAAACGCACCGUAUUGCAGUGGGAUCGGUGAGAGAUAUGAGGGAUUAUGUCACUUUUACCCCUGAAGAUGUUGAGAAUUACAUGUUGAACCUCUUCUCCGUGGGAAGAGCAAGCUCCGGUGCUGGAGGCAACGGUUCAUGUUUUGUAAGGAAAAAAUAAUAUAAAAGAAACCAAAUGACAAGAGAUUUCAUAACAAGGGAGCAACAAUUCUAUUUGGAUCCUCUUAUCUGAUCAUUUUUUACGUAACAGAGUUACACAAGACAUAUAUGUUAUUCUAAAAAUUCCUUUUUUUAUUUUUAAGAUGAUUUUGGCAUUUUAAUUUAUAAAUUUU